CACGAUGAACCCGCAGCUGCGGCACUGGAGGGAAGCGGCCACGCUGCUGCUGGCGGCGGGCGCGCCGGCGCUGCCGCGCUCCCCGCUCGGCCCCUUUGACUAUGAGGUGCUGCUGCUGCAGCGGAGCCCCCGCAGCGGCUUCGCGCCCGGCGCCCACGUCUUCCCGGGGGGCCUGGCGGAGGCGGCGGAUUUCUCCGCGGACUGGCUGGCGCUGCUGCCCGCCGCGCCCCGGUGCGGGCUGGGCCGCGUGAGGCCGCCGCCGCCCGGCAGCAGGCGGGCCCCGCUCUUCGCCACCGACCGGGAGCGGCUGGGCUCGCCGCUGCCGGGGGAAGUGGCCUUCCGCAUCUGCGCUAUCAGGGAAACCUUCGAGGAGGCGGGAAUCCUGCUGCUGGUGCCGGGGCGCGGGCCGGCGGCGGGCGGCGGGCCUGCACCCCCGCUGCCCGCCGAGCGCCUGCCCCCGGCCGCGGAGCUGGGCGAGUGGCGGCGCCGGGUGCAGCGGGACCCGGCCUGCUUCUUGCAGCUGUGCCGGCACCUCCGCUGCGUCCCCAAUAUUUGGGCGCUGCAGGAGUGGAGCAACUGGCUGACCCCCGUCGGCAGGGCCGGGCGCGGCGGCCGACGCUAUGACACGGCGUUCUACCUGUGCUGCCUGGAGAAGCGCCCGCCGCACACCUCGCAGGACGACCAGGAGGUGACAGCCUGCCUGUGGUCAUCACCUCCAGAAGCCAUUGAACGUUUUAAAUCUCAAGAACUAUGGCUUGUUCCACCUCAAUUCUAUGAAUUGUGUAGGCUGUGCAACUUCUCUUCACUCUCAGAGUUACACAAGUUCAGCUCUGAGCGAGCUCUAGAGGGAUGUGAACGUUGGAUGCCUGUGAUGUUAGCUGCCUCAGAUGGCUACAUUCAGCUAUUGCCAGGAGAUGAGUUAUAUCCAGAAGACCCAGAUUAUACAGGAGAAAGGAAAAUAAUCAUGUCAACAGAAAAGAAGGUUGACGAUCUCAUGAAAGAGGGUAGCAUAUUUCACAGGAUAGUAAUAAAAAACAUCAACAAUCUUGCUGUCUAUGUUAAUAUUCAAGCAAAAUAUAAACACAAGAAUCCAUUGAUGAUAAACUCUGAUUGCUCAAAUUACAAUAGCAGAUUGUAACAUCUGUUUGGUUAAAGCUAGAAUAUUUUUAAUUACAUACAUAUUCACAGUGGAUUUGAUCCUUUCUAACUGUUGCCAAAAAGUCAGGAAAAAAUUCCUUUGUCCUACCAAAGCAUUUUGUGUGUGUGCCUUGAGAUUUAUGUGUACCUAAUUCUUUGUGUCUUUGAAACAAAAAAGUUGUGCCAGUUAAAAUGUUUAGAGGCCACUGAAAAUUUAACAUAAACAUCAACUUAAUUAUUGAUUAACUUAAAUGUCAUUUGAUGGUAAUUAACCAUUACCACCUUAUUCCACUUACAUACUAAUUGCAGAAUAUGCUGCAAAACCAGUCUGUUGAGUCACCCAGGUCCUCUUCUCACUGAGAAUUUAAGUAUGUAUUAUGUUCAAAACAGGUAUAUUUUGUGUUGAAGAAUUCUUCUGCUACGCUUCCUAAAGUUACCCAUUAGAAGCUGUAAUGUGUGUCUAGAAAUGGAUGAAAUCUGCCAUUCCGUUAUCUGCUGACAUCUCCCAGUCUAUCCUCUUUGACUUUGGGAAAAUCAGUGUAUAUGUGUAUAUAGAGAUUUAUUUGCUAAAUCUAAAAAGUAAAUGUUUAUAUUUAAUUAUUUCUACUAAUGGUAAUUAUUCAAAACCUCACAAUUUUCAAAGGUAGCAAUCAUUUUGACAAACUAAGUCAUCUAUCAGAUUGAGUGCAUUCACAACAUGCAUUUUAUUCAUGAUAACUUUUAUCUUCAAGCUGUUAGCAUUUUUUUUAAAAAAAGAAAUAAUAAAUUGUUUAGCUCCAAAAAGAUACCAAUGACUUCAGGGAACAAUGUACUGCCUUGGAAACAGCCACUUCUGUAUUUCAGUAUCUGACAUUUUGCUUUUCCAUUACUUUACUAAAUAUAUAUGAGAUGUAAGAACUUCAGGGGAAUGAUGUCUGUUUGCUUUUUUGUUUUGGAUUUGUUUGGUUGGUUUUGUCUUUUUUUUGUGCAGUAAGUGAAGCAAAUGGAGCAGUGGUGCAAAUUCUUUAUCUGGAAGAAGAAUGAAUGAUGACUUGAGAUUAGCCAGUAAAGUUGUUCAGAAAGCUUUGUUUCAGCUUUUGUUCUGUAUUUCAAUUAAAACCUUCUGCAGCAUUUUCAUUA